GGGCGCGGGCGGCGGGCGGGGGAAGAUGGCGGAGCUCGGUAAGAAGUACUGCGUGUACUGCCUGGCCGAGGUGAGCCCGCUGCGCUUCCGCUGCACCGAGUGCCAGGACAUCGAGCUGUGCCCAGAGUGCUUCUCGGCCGGCGCCGAGAUCGGCCACCACCGCCGCUACCACGGCUACCAGCUGGUGGACGGCGGGCGCUUCACGCUGUGGGGGCCCGAGGCCGAGGGCGGCUGGACCAGCCGCGAGGAGCAGCUUUUGCUGGAUGCCAUCGAGCAGUUCGGCUUCGGAAACUGGGAGGAUAUGGCUGCUCACGUUGGCGCUUCCCGGACUCCCCAGGAAGUGAUGGAGCAUUAUGUAAGCAUGUACAUCCACGGAAACCUGGGGAAAGCCUGCAUCCCCGACACCAUCCCCAAUCGGGUGACAGACCACACCUGCCCCAGUGGAGGCCCCCUGUCUCCCAGCCUCACCACCCCCUUGCCUCCCCUAGACAUCUCGGUGGCCGAGCAGCAGCAGCUGGGCUACAUGCCGCUGCGGGACGACUACGAGAUCGAGUACGACCAGGACGCCGAGACGCUCAUCAGCGGGCUCUCGGUCAACUACGACGACGACGACGUGGAGAUCGAGCUGAAGCGCGCGCACGUGGACAUGUACGUGCGGAAGCUCAAGGAGCGGCAGCGGCGCAAGAACAUCGCGCGCGACUACAACCUGGUGCCCGCCUUCCUGGGCAAGGACAAGAAGGAGAAGGAGAAGACGGCCAAGCGCAAGGUCACCAAGGAGGAGAAGGAGCUGCGGCUGAAGCUGCGGCCGCUCUACCAGUUCAUGUCCUGCAAGGAGUUCGACGACCUGUUUGAAAACAUGCACAAGGAGAAGAUGCUGCGCGCCAAGAUCCGGGAGCUGCAGCGGUACCGGCGCAACGGCAUCACCAAGAUGGAGGAAUCGGCCGAGUACGAGGCGGCCCGGCACAAGCGGGAGAAGCGGAAGGAGAACAAGAACACGGCCGGCUCCAAGCGGGGGAAGGAGGACGGCAAGGACAGCGAAUUCGCCGCCAUCGAGAACCUGCCCGGCUUCGAGCUGCUGUCGGACCGCGAGAAGGUGCUCUGUAGCUCCGUGAACCUGAGCCCCGCUCGCUACGUGACCGUGAAGACCAUCAUCAUCAAGGACCACCUCCAGAAGCGGCAGGGCAUCCCCUCCAAAAGCCGCCUGCCCAGCUACCUGGACAAGGUCCUGAAGAAAAGGAUUUUAAACUUCCUCACGGAGAGCGGCUGGAUUUCCAGGGAUGCUUCCUGAAGGCGAGUCGCUGUGAGACCUGGAAUGAUGCUAAAGAGCUUGUGAGCCAAAAUGACCGGGGCCGGGGGUGGGGUGGGGGGGCAGGGGAGGGGCGAGGAAACGCUUUUUUUCCCCGUUCCUCCUUUUUAAACAAAUUGAGUUCUUUUUGGGGGGUAUCAGUUCUUCUUAUGGUCCUCUUUAGAAGCAAUAGUAACACUCACAUCGUGGGGGAGACGAGUAUCUAUUUUAACUUAGUCCUGAAGGUAAUACUUUAAGAUGACGAUUCGCCUUUAAGUGUUCAGUUUGGAGAAAAUUAGGAGAUUGGGCAAUUUCCCUGUAUUUGUGAGUUUCUUCCCUUUGGUGCAUGACUGUCGCGCUGUGGGCAGAGGGGCGCCGUGCCCUGCCGGGCUGCCAGCUUCGCCCUGUGACCUGACACCCCGGCACAGCCCGGCACGGGGCACUUUAGACGGGGGCCGGGCAGGGCAGGUGGAAGGGAGGCCGGGGAAAGACGGGACAGGGCGUCCGUAGGGCCUGGAGAGGAGGAAUCUGGUGUGGAACAGGUUGGCCAAGUGGCGCGUCCGUAGCUCCCGAGUCUGACCGCCCCCGCUUGCUCGCGGGGGGCUCACUGUGGGAGGAACAGCGGCCCUUGGCAGGCUCCCUAGGGUCUCGGGGGACACCGGGCCCAGCACGGACUGCCAGAAUGCUGGGGCUGCUUUUGGCUGCUCUGAGAGCUUGCAUGCGGGAAGAACUCGUUGUAGAAGGUUCACGGCUGAGAGUUCUCUGGGUUCGGGCGUUAGCUCCCCCCAGGGUUUUCACCCUGGUUGCAGGUGCCUCUUUCGCUGCGACUCUGGCCCUGCAUCUUACUCGGGGUGGCGUCAGGCGCUCAGCUUGGCGGGGGGCGAGGCCUGGGCACCGCGUCUCUGGGUCACCGUCUUGAACCACACUCAGAGGUGGCUUCUGCCCGGCCCUGUUUGGAGACGCUCCCAGGGGCGCUCUCUCGUGGACCCGGACGGCCCUUCCUUCCGGAGCCUGAGGGGGGUCCCUCGGCUUCCCGCCGCUCAGGGCUCCCGUGUCCAAGGCCCUGCUUUGCUUUGGAGUCGGUGGAGCGGCCGGAGCCCAGCGGUCGGCUCCUCCCGGGGCACGUCCUGCCUCUCCUCCCUCAUAGCUACCAAGACUGUUUACCUCCCGGAGUGUUUGGGCUUGAAGUUACAUUAAAGUGAAGUUAUUUGAAAGAAAAAGGAAGAAAACCUCAUCAUUAACAAGAACGACUUAAUUACGGUGCCUUUUCCUUUCUUUUUACGUUCUUCUGUCCUCUAGGGGUAAAAGUUUCAGCAUUAAAUAAGCCCUUCAGACACACUGUACAUGGCUUUAGUUGUAAACUGCACGGCACGCUGGCAGAGAAGCGCUCCCUGUGACCUAACGAGGAGCCCAGGACGUCUCUGUGAGCGCGCAGUAGCGGGCAGCGCGGUCGCUCGCGGGCGCCCCGCAGGAUAGCGACGGCUGGCGGAGCGCGGUCCUGUCUACCGCUGAGCGGAGAUGGAGACAGAGCUACGUUCCCGCAGGUGUUCCAGCCAGUGGUUCUCACCUGGGGCUCCUGGGCUGGCAGCGUCAGCAUCCCCUGGGAACCUGCUAGAGAUUCAGGUACUCAGGCCCCGCCCCAGUCCUCAGAAACUCCAGGGGUGGGGCCCGCAGAGCUGUGUUUUUACUGGCCUUCCAGGUGACCCGGAGGCAGGCAGAAGUUUGAGAACCACUGGCUUUAGCUACUCUGAUGUCACUGAUUUUCUACAUCAGAUUCCUAGUUUGAUGAGGUUUUAACUCUAGUCUUAUUUUUAUAUAAAAUGACUGCCAGACUUUCAUUAAGCUUGAGAAGCAAAAGCUCCCUGUAAAUGUGCGUGGCCCUGGCUGAGAGCUGUCAAAUGAAAAACUUUUGUGUUUAAGCAGGUUUUCAGUAUGUGUAUCUUUUUGACGGUAUGAAGAAUUUAUUUAGGCUUGACUGUUUUUAAACAAACAAACACCAUGAUGAAUGUAUAAUUUAUGUUAAAGUAUUAGAACGCUUCGUUACAAGGGAAAUGUAGUUUUAUGAUUGGUUGCCCCUUAUCCCGUUCAACUCCAGCUAUUACUGUCACAUCAGUCCUUACCCCGCUGUUUGUUAGCUCGGAGCCUUUAAAUUUCUAUAUUUAAUUCUCAUGAUAAAUUAGUCACCAUAAUCCCAUGGAAUUAAUUAGGUCUUUUCAGAAUUUAAACUCUUUGAGUCACAAAAGAUAAUCAGCUAUUCAGAAUAAUGCUCUGGGUGGCCAACAUUCCGAGAAUGUAUUAAAACCGAAACUCUGCCUACUGUUCUUAUUUCCCUUUUACGUAUUAAACAGGUUGAGAACCAAACAGUGUCACUGCUUGCUUUUUAACCGCCUGCCCCUGGAGCCUUAGCUUUUCAGUCUCAUAGAUGGUAUGAGCCAGCCUUCAAAAUCAGGAUGGGGGACAGCCCGUGACGUCUUAGUGUGGCACUUCCGUGUGUGUCACACCAGUUUUUCCUCCAAACCAUGAGGAGUUAGUUAGAAUAGAGUUCAGUGAAGCAGAAACCCUUCACGCCACUCUCCUUCCCUGAAAGAAGCGGGACACCCAGAGCUCUCGUGGAGCCAGGCCAGGAGAGCCUAUGGUGAGUAGACAGCGCUGCCUCUGUCACCUACACGUGCUACGAAUCCAGGCCGCGAUUACACAAAACCCGGGAACUCGACGAGAGUGCGGUGCGCGGGUCUUUAACUGCCAGUGUCGGUGUGUACAAAAUUACCUGUUUUCCUGUUAGCAGUGACCGACCGUGGAUGAGUGAAGAACAGUAAACAAACAGCUGAUCACCUUUAAGCGAGACCGUCACCUCUAGGUCUAGCACCUUUUUGCAGGCGCGGCUCUAGGUGAAAAGGGAUGGGAGGGGACUGCACACGUUCCAAGAAAUUAGUUUGAAAAUUACUUUUCUCAUUCACCCUCAUUUUACAGAUGAGUCCAGGGAGGCGAAAGGCUGUGCUCACAGCCACAGUGUAACGAGCAGGCGUAACUCUCGGCCGUUUCUCAAUACGCUGUACUGCUGCCUUUAGUUCUGGGCUAUGCUCUUGACCAAGUUAUUUAAAGCAGCUUAAAAGAAAAGGAGGACAGGCUUCCCUGGUGCGCAGUGGUUAAGAAUCCGCCUGCCAGUGCAGGGGGCCGGGAAGAUCCCACGUGCCGUGUACCAACUAAACCCGUGCGCCACAACGACUGAGCCUGCGCGCCACAACCACCGAAGCCCGCGCGCCUAGAGCCCGUGCUCCGCAACAAGAGAAGCCACCGCAGUGAGAAGCCCGCGCACCACAAUGGAGAGCAGCCCCCGCGCGCAGCAACGAAGACCCAACGCGGCCAAAAAUAAAUUUAUAAAAAGGAGGGGGGGGGGGGGAGUUUCUUGAAAUGGUAUAAAUUGGAAUUUUAAUUAUGGGAGUAUUACCUCCACCUUUCAAAUCGACUCCCCACCUUUUUUGUGCAGUAAAUCGAAGUAAGGGUAUUGACCUUUAAUCCUAGAAGCACCUCUUAGAAGCAAAGCUAGUGGAAGGUUAUUUUCCCCUGGUUUAUA